GGUGUUGUCAUGGCAGCAGAACGCAGCAGUUAGCAGUGAGCUAACUGUUAGCUGCUGUCUUUAAACAGGGAGACAUCAAAGGGAGACAUCAAAGGCCUCUACGUGUUCGUUCUGUGGACACCGGAAGUGGCUGAGAGCUCGUCCUCACGCCAUGGCACCGAAGAGUAAGAGUAAGAAGCCCGGGAAGAUGAAGUCCUCUGCGGUGGUGGACAGUCUGUCCACGGAGGACAUGUCCAAGGACCAGCUGGAGGAGCACGUGGCUCGUCUCCGGGAGGAGCUGGAGCGCGAGCGGGAGGAGAGGAGCUUCUUCCAGCUGGAGAGAGACAAGAUCCAGACUCUGUGGGAGACGAGCAGGAGAGACGUGGAGCAGGGGCAGGACGAGCUGAGGCAGCGGCGCCGGGAGAGAGACGAGACUCAGCAGCGCCACCGGGUGGAGAUCAGUGUGUACAAGCAGAAGCUGAAGCACGUCCUGUCUGAGCAGCACCACACCGUCUCCGAGCUGAAGAUGGACGCCGCCGCCGCCGCUGCACUGAUCCAGAACCGCCACGCGGGGGCGGAGCUAGAGCUGCGCAGCGACACGCUGCCGGCGGACGCCAGCGAGAAGAUGCUCCGCAACACGAAGAGCGUGGAGGAACUGAAACUGAAACACCAGGUGGCGCUGCUGGGGCUGACAAACAACUACGACAGGAGAAUCAGAGAUCUGGAGGUGAAGUUUAACAAGAGGAUGCAGGCGACCAUGCAGGUGGAGGAGAGGAAGCGGAGGUCAGAGGUCAACGAGCUGGAGGACAGGAUGGACGCUCGUGUUGUGGCGCUGGUGGAGGAUCACGGCCGCGCCCUCAGGCGAGCGGAGGAGUAUUACUCCAGCAUCCAGAACAAAGUGCUGGCGGACGAGAAGGUGCUGAAGGAGGAGGCAGCAGAGGUGCAGAAGCAGCUGACGCGAGUGUCCAAUCAGCUUUCAGUUGCUCAGCGUGAAAACAAGCGUCUGCGUGAGUCUGUGCACGCAGCCGAGCAGACGCUGCCCGAGCUGCAGCUGCAGCUGCACCAGUACAACCAGUCCAAGGCCCAGCUGCUGAAGUCCGGAGCGCGAGCGAAGGAGGCUGAGAAGCAGCUGUGGGAUCUGACCAUGGAGCACGAGCUGCUGCUGCAGGCGUUUGAGAAGGUGCAGCAGGAGCGUGACGAGCUGCUGAGGAAACAGAGGGAGGUCAUCGUGGAGCUGCAGCAGAGGAGCGGCCUGAAGCAGCUGCUGCUGGAGAGGAAGCUCGCUGCUCUGACUCAGACGGUGGACACCAAGGAGGCUCAGCUCUGCGGCGCCCUCUCCACCGCCGCCGCCGCAGGAAGCAGCGCCGCCCACAGACUGAAGGAAACGUUGGAGUCAAAGCACGCCACUAUCGGUGCGUUGGAGGCGGAGCUGGCUGGAGAGCGUCAGGAGUACGAGCAGCUGCUGCAGAGCUGCAGCGACCGGCUCCAGGCUCUGGGCGUCGCUCAACACGACUUCAGGCCCACGGAGCAGAUCUGACCCUGGAGGAGGAGGAGCCAAGAACACCUGGAGGAGGAGGAGCCAAGAA